CCAUUACGCAAACCAGGAAGAACCAAGGACGUGACGCUAAUUCUUCCAUGGUACACGGUAGCUGUAUUUUACAAUAUCAUAACUGUGGUACUGUGAUUUUGGCUGGACCCUUAACAGUCGAAUGUAACUGCUGCUGGUUUCGAGAGCAAUAAGAGAGGCAGUCAGGAUGAGUGGGGCUGCGCUGGGCAUUGAGAUAGUGGUGGUGUUCUUCCUGGCUCUGUUCCUGCUGCAUCGCUAUGCAGACUUCCGUAAGCAGCAGAGGAUGGUGCUGUUUGGCACCUUACUGGCCUGGUACCUGUGUUUCCUCAUCGUCUUCAUUCUUCCUCUGGACAUCAGCACGACGAUCUACAAGCAGUGUAAGAUUGAUCAUGAAGAACAUGCCUCCGUAUCCCUGGUGACCGCACUGAUAUCCAAUCAAACUGCAGGAAACUCCACCACAGCCACACCCACUAAAAGUGUUCCAAAGGUGUGUUACAAGCCGUGGAGCUACAUUCCAGAUGGAAUCAUGCCUGUGUUCUGGAGGGUUGUUUACUGGACCUCUCAGUGUCUCACCUGGCUGCUGCUGCCCUUCAUGCAAUCCUAUGCACGCUCGGGGGGCUUCUCCAUCACUGGGAAAAUAAAGACGGCACUGAUAGAGAAUGCCAUUUAUUACGGGACAUACCUGCUCAUCUUCGGAUCGCUGCUUAUCUACGUGGCUGUUCACCCUCAGUGGCACCUCUCCUGGUAUGAGCUCCAGACAAUAGGCAUCACUGCAGCCAACACCUGGGGCCUGUUCCUGCUGGUGCUGUUGCUAGGUUAUGGCCUAGUAGAGAUUCCGCGCUCGUAUUGGAAUGCCUCGCGGCAGGGACACCUGCUCAUCAAGACUUACUUCAAGGCAGCCAAGCUGAUGACAGAGAAGGCUGAUGCAGAGGAGAAUCUAGAGGACGUCAUGGAGGAAGUGAGAAAAGUCCAAGAAUCAAUCAAGUAUAACCACCCACUGAGGAAGUACAUCGAUACUAUUCUUAGAAAGUGCCCUGUGGAGUACCAGGAGAAGAUGGGCAGAAACAUGGAUGACUAUGAGGACUUUGAUGACAAACAGAACACUUAUCCUAGUGAGAAGAACCUGGUGAAGCUUCACAAACAGGUGAUCUACGCAGUGCAGAGGCACAACAGGACCCAUGUCCAGUGGCAGAUCCUCCUGCAGCAGGCUAUGCACCUGGAGGACGUGGCCAAGAAUGAGACCAGCUCAGCCCACCAGUUUGUUCACAGCUUCCCCUCCACAGAACCAACUAGCUGGCUCAGCCCAUACUUAUACACUCCUACUGUAGAGUGGUACUGGGAGUGCCUGCUGAGACAGUGGUUCUACCGUCUGCUGGCUGUGUUGCUGUCUCUGUUCUCUGUGGGUGUGGUGUGGUCUGAGUGCACCUUCUUCAGCACCCGGCCCGUCCUCUCACUCUUCGCUGUCUUCAUCCAGCUCGCUGAGAGAGACUACAACUACUUGUAUAUCGAGAUGGCGUGCUUCAUCACCAUCUUCUUCCUGUGUACCUGCGUUUACUCCACUGUGUUCCGGAUCCGAGUGUUCAACUACUACUACCUGGCCUCACACCACCAGACUGACGCCUACAGCCUGCAGUUCAGUGGCAUGCUGUUCUGCCGUCUGACCCCCCCUCUGUGUCUGAACUUCCUGGGUCUGAUCCACAUGGACUCUGCCAUCUCCCACCAACUGAAGGAGCAGACGGCCUACACCUCUAUCAUGGGUUCUAUGAGGGUCCUAUCGUUCAUCGCUAAUGGCUUCUAUAUCUACUACCCCAUGCUUAUAUUGCUGCUAUGUAUCGCUACCUACUUCAGCCUGGGUACCCGCUGUCUGAACCUCCUGGGCUUUCAGCAGUUCGUGGGAGACAAUGAAAUGACCUCUGACCUGAUUGAUGAGGGCAAGGAGCUCAUUCGACGAGAGAAAAGAAAGCGCCAAAGGACAGAGGAUGGAGAGAACCGGCGAAGGGAGUGGAAGGAGCGUUAUGGUAACACUCGGGAAGACACUGCCAGGAACAGGAAUAGAAAUGAAGCCGCAGAAAUGACGGAGACCAACUACUCUGAUACUGUGCCUAUCCCUAACACUAGCCCUAACAGACAGGUGAAGUACUCUCGGACUGGCAGAGGAACAGAGAGAGAUUCUAUAGAACUUCUCGAGGACGCAGAGCCUUUGGACUUCAAUGCAGAGACUCUUUCAGACGACCCUCUUGAAACAGACUCUACCAGGCAUGUACCAGGCAGGUACCUGUCCAUGUCCUCGUCACGGAGCAGAAUCUUUGAUGAUGUUUGAGAAGAGUAGCGAGGGAGAGUCGAAGGAAUAGGAAAGCUAAAUAUUGCACAUUAAUUUUCAUCCUCCACUCAUCCACCUUGCAGGGAAGACAAUACGAAGGAGAGAGACUCUCAGGCUCUGUGAAUGUAGCACAACCUCUUAUCUUCCAUUGUUGGUAUGAUGUAUCUGCUGCUCCUUGUCUCCAAUAGAUUGUCUUCUGUCAGAACACUCCAGUGGCUGUUGAUAUACACUUCCCCAUUAGACCGAUAGCUGUCCUCCCCUGUGCAGCAUGUCAUGAAUGCAGAUCCAUACCCCAUUUGGGCUCAUCACUUUCUCAUCCGUUAAACCACUUCGUCAUUUCUGUUAUUACUUAUGCAUGAAUUUACGUUCAAGGUCCUCUUCCUGUGGUAUCCCCUGUGAUCUUUACAAUGGAAGUAUAAAGUGUCUUACCUCAAAUCUGGUUGAUGGGCUGAUUACAUUGUUCAUCAUUUUGAUGAGAAGAUAAGUAAUUACUACUAAUUUAAGGAGGAAGACUUAUUUAAAAUGUAUGAAGUUGUAUUUAACCCAUGAAAAGUUACUAACUUUCUACUUAUUUAACUGUCAGCAAAAUAGAAAUAGUGGAAAAAAUGAUCAAUGUUUCAAUGGAGCGGCAGGUAGCCUAGUGGUUAGAGCGUUGGGCUAGUAACUGAAAGGUUGCAAGAUCGAAUCCCCGAGCUGACAAGGUAAAAAUCUGUCGUUCUGCCCAUGAAUGAGGCAGUUAACCCACUGUUCCUAGGCCGUCAUUGAAAAUAACCUAUAGUUAAAUAAAGGUUAAUUAUUGUAUAUAUUUUUUUUAAUGAGUCUUGUGUUGCCAGUCUUGUAUUAUUCUGGUAUAUGGACGGAAGGACAGUUGCUUAGGUCUGUUUCGGAAGCUGCUGCCAUAGAAACUGAGUGUACCGUAUUUAGACCUAUAGUCCUCUAUUUAAUGUGCAAUCUAUGUGAUCCAGCCCACACUGAGUUAACUCAAUUAACAGUGUUUGUACUGCCCAUAGAUCCAGCCCUGAGAUACAGUAUUUGUUCUUAUCGUUCACUUCAAUUGAUGUGAGAUUUGUGCAAAUUGGAUCUCAAGUUGGAAUUUGGCCCAUAAUGCUCGAGAUGUUGUUGAAAUUGGAGGUCAACUGAUACAGCCGAUACAAAAAAAAAAAAGAUUUACCAUUGCUCUUAAUUGAGAUAUGUUCUCUAUGUUCUAUUCCGAGUGUCAAAAUGACCUUAAGUUUGUUUGAAAAUAGUUUUUGUGGAUUCUGUUGAAAGGCCUGUUUAAAAGUAAUGUUCUAUAUUGUGUCAUUAGCGAUUAACUGCUUGACAUAAGUAACGCCUUAUUUAUUGUCAAACUAUUUGAAUUUUAGGUGUUAAAUUAUCUACUGAAGUCUUUUUGGGAUAUCAUUGUGCCAUAUUAUUUUGUUUAUUUGACUGCAUUACAAAAAUGGCAAAGGCAAAUUUUUUCCAGUUAUGAUUUCAUUAUUUUUGGUUUAAUUACUUGGAUCAACCAAAAAUAAAAGUGAACUUUUUAAAUGUA